GGCGAGGAAGGGUGUCUCUAGUGUUUACUAGGCCUCCAACACUCUCCCUGAGCCCUGCCCCCAGCUCCGAAAAGCUUCCUGGAAAUGUCCUCUCUAUCACUUCCCCUCACGGGCUGGGGGCUGGGAGCGGGCGGUCCCCUCCGCCCCCGGCUCCCGCUGUUGCCGGGAGCGCUGGCUGGCUGGCGCUCUGCACCGCAGACCUCAGAGAGCCGCGCCUGGGCUCACAGCUCCAUCGCACGCCGAGCGCUCGAGUCCCCACCACGACGUGCCACGGUCCCCGCCCCGCGCCUUUGCCGACCUGGCCAUGAGGGUCCCGGGUGGGCGCUGCGGGGCGCUGCUGGCGUGCCUCGCCGUAGUGUUAUCCGUCUCAGAGGCAAACUUUUUGUCAAAGCAACAUGCUUCACAAGUCCUGGUUAGGAAACGUCGGGCAAACAGUCUGUUUGAAGAAACCAAAAAGGGCAAUCUUGAAAGAGAAUGCAUCGAAGAACUGUGCAGUAAAGAAGAAGCUAGGGAGGUCUUUGAAAAUAACCCUGAAACGGAAUAUUUUUAUCCAAAAUAUUUAGGUUGUCUUAGCUCUUUCCGAAUUGGCUUAUUCAGUCCUGCACGUCAGUCAACCGAUGCUAGCCCUGACCUAAGGAGCUGCGUCAAUGCCAUUCCAGACCAGUGUAAUCCUCUGCCAUGCAAUGAAGAUGGAUAUAGGAUCUGCAAAGAUGGCCAAGCUUCAUUCACUUGCAUUUGUAAAUCAGGUUGGCGAGGAAACAAGUGUGAAUUUGAUAUAAAUGAAUGUGAAAAUCCCUCAAAUAUCAAUGGAGCUUGCAGUCAGAUUUGUGUCAAUACACUUGGAAGUUACCAAUGUUCCUGUAAAAGUGGUUAUAUUAUGCUUUCAAAUAAAAAGGACUGCAAAGAUGUGGAUGAAUGCUCUGUGAUGCCAGACAUUUGUGGCACAGCAGUGUGCAAGAACCUCCCAGGAGACUUUGAAUGUGAAUGCCCUGAAGGCUACACAUACAAUCCCUCAUCAAAGUCUUGUAAAGAUGUGGAUGAAUGCUCUGAGCACAUGUGUGCUCAACUUUGUGUCAAUUACCCUGGAGGUUAUUCUUGUUAUUGUGAUGGGAAGAAAGGAUUCAAACUUUCCCAAGAUCAGAAGAGUUGUGAGGUUGUUCCAGUGUGCCUUCCCUUGAACCUUGACAAAAAUUAUGAACUACUUUACUUGGCAGAACAAUUUGUAGGGGUUGUUUUAUUUCUAAAAUUUCGCCUGCCAGAUGUCACCAGAUUUUCAGCCAAAUUUGAUUUCCGGACAUAUGAUUCAGAAGGUGUUAUCCUGUAUGCAGAAUCUCUUGAUCACUCAGCUUGGUUCCUGAUUGCACUUCGUGAUGGAAAGAUUGAAAUUCAGUUUAAGAAUGAAUAUACAACCCAAAUCACAACUGGAGGCAAAGUUAUUAAUAAUGGUCUAUGGAAUAUGGUCUCUGUGGAAGAAUUAGAACAGAGUAUUAGUGUGAAAAUAGCUAAAGAAGCAGUAAUGAAUAUAAAUAAACCCCAAAGCAUUUUUAAGCCUACAAAUGGAUUUCUAGAAACCAAAGUAUACUUUGCAGCAUUACCUCGGAAAAUGGAGAAUGCACUCAUUAGACCGAUUAAUCCUCGUCUAGAUGGAUGUAUACGAGGCUGGAAUUUGAUGAAUCAAGGCGCUUCGGGAGUAGAGGAAAUUAUUCAAGAGAAACAAAAUAAGCAUUGUUUUGUCUCUGUGGAGAAGGGUUCCUACUAUCCUGGUUCUGGAGUGGCUCAAUUUAGCAUAGAUUAUAAUAAUAUAUCCAAUCCUGAGGCUUGGCAAGUAAAUGUGACCUUGAAUAUUCGCCCAUCCAUGGGCACUGGUGUUAUAUUUGCCUUGAUUUCUAAUGACACAGUGCCCUUUGCCUUGUCUUUGGUGGAUUCCGCCUCUGAAAAGCUUCAGGAUAUCCUGGUAUCUGUUCAAAGUACGGUACUAUCUCGGAUAGAGGCCGUAAACCUGUGUCCCGGUGAGCAAUACCAUAUGGAAUUCAGAGUCAACAGAAAAUACUUGGAGCUGUCAACUCCACUUAGAAAAGAUAGCAUCUACUCUGAAGACCAUCAAAGACAAUUUGCCAUCUUAGACAAAGCAAUGGAAGGAACAGUGGUCACUUACUUGGGUGGCCUUCCAGAUGUUCCAUUCAGUGCAACACCAGUGAAUGCCUUUUUUAAUGGCUGCAUGGAAGUGAACGUUAACGGUGUAGACUUGGAUCUGGAUGAAGCCGUUUCUAAACAUAAUGACAUUAGAGCUCACUCAUGUCCUUCAGUUUUGAAAAACAACAUGAAUACUUAAGACAUCUUUUCUUUGUUGAUAACAUCUUUUUUCCUGGCUGUAAUUAUACUUGUGUUUCAAUAAUAGUCGAAGGGUUUUACUCAUGAUGUGCAGAUCUUGAUUAUUUUAUGGUACUUUGACCUAGGAAUUUUAAAAAAGGUCCUUUUUCAAGAAAACAAGAUUCUCUGGUGAUAUAAAUUUCAUUAAAACAUUCUUACUUCUGUUGCUGUCUAGAAAAUAAAUAAAGAAACAGAGAAAAUUUUAAUUUGAAUUUUUUGCUACAAAUGAUAUUUCUUCAUUUUUAUGUUUGUAAAAGUCAAAUUCAAUUUUAUCCUCAUAAACUAGUGUUUAAAUAUAUGUUUUUCUCAGAAGGCAAGGCAGAAAACCCAAACAAAAGUUCAUGUGACUAAGUACUAUUGAUCAUAGCAGGUACUAUUUUAUGUGUUUUUGUUUCUUCCUAACGAAGGCAGAAGAAGACAGUGGCCUAUUCAUUUGAAUUGAGCAGAAGGCCUUAAAGCUUUAUUCCAAAACAAUUCCUCAGGGGGACCAGCGUUGGCUUCAUCUUUUUUUCCCAUGGCUUCACAUUUGAAAUAGUAGUUUUACUGAAUUAAGAAAAAUAA